AUGGGCGCGGAGCGCGCCGUUGCGGCGUACGACGAUAGCUUGUCGAAGCGGUUCCGGCUUAUCGGCGUGCCAUACGCAAACCAGUACUUCACGCUCAGCGCGGAGAAGCUGGAGAAGCUCCGGCCGUGCUUGGUGCCGCUUAUCAAACAACACUGGGCGGAGGUGUCGUUGGAAUCCAACGACACGGAGCACUGCACACCCGGGCGGUAUCACUACGUGAACGCCAUCAAGGACGCUAAGGCGCAAUGUGUCAUCAUAGGAGCCAUAUACAAGGACAUGAAGCUGCGGCCGUCGCCGCUCGAGGAGUACUCGGAGCAGGUGAAGCUGUCGGAGCAAGUUGCGAAGUACACAUCGGAUGAUGAUCGGCUGUUCAUUGAGGACCAGAGCAUCCGCAUGGCCCUGCACGGGCCGCUGCUGGAUCCCCAAAAGCUGGUCACGGGGCUGGUGAUGGCGAUGAAGGGCGCCAUCAAUGACCAGGGUGAAUUUGAGUGCGAGGACUACCUCAUGCCAGGGCCUCCCACGUCGGUACCGCUGCCGCCAACGACGGAGGAGAAGUACGUGGCUCUGGUUUCGGGACUGAACAUCGCCGGGCCGCGCUCGGGCCACGACUCGCUGCUGAUGCUGCGCGACUUUGUCGCCGGCAAUACUCCCAUGGGUGACCUGAGCAGCAAAAUAGUCCGGCUGGUCAUAGCCGGCAAUGGCAUCGGCCAAUGCGACGUGGCGUCGUUGGCCCAGUGUGAUGUUUACUUUGCACAGCUAGCUGCGGCACUGCCGGUCGACCUCAUGCCAGGCGACGCCGACCCAUCUAAUCGCAACCUUCCCCAGCAGCCGAUCCACCCGUGCUUUUUGGAACACAGCAGGCGGUACGGCACGUUUCAGUCGACCACGAACCCCUAUUUCUUCACUGUGGACGGUGUAAGGUUCCUGGGGACGUCAGGUCAGGCCGUGAAGGGCAUCUGCGACUACAGCACCUUGUCUGAACUCGAGGCGCUGCAACUCACAGCGUCGGCACGAUUCAUCGCUCCGACUGCUCCGGACACGCUAGCAUGCCACCCGGAGGCUCGCGUGUUCACACUUGAGGACGACUCAGAGUUCCCGCAUGUCAUUUUCAGCGGCAACUCGCAGGAGUUCGCCAGCGCGGAAACUGGAGCUGCUGGGUGCUCGCCGAGGGUUAUUUGCGUGCCUGCGUUCACGAAGCAGCCUUCCGUUGUCUUGGUGUCGCUGGCCACCCUGCAGCCGCGUCUGAUCAGGCUUGCCUAG